AUGGCCCCAAAACAGCGCUCCCAAACUCCUCGACAACCUGGCGUCGCCAACUCCUCCGAGUCAAUCCUUCCCCAACAGCAGGCCACGACUACACUCUUUUCAGACCAACCAGUCAAAGAUCGCCGUCGCCGACAGAGAGAAAGUCCGCGACCCAUAUCUUUUGCUCAGUCGCCUUCUCAAGACACGAUUGCCUUGAGCCGAUCACCUAUAGUGUCCGACUCGCCUGCCUCACCGGUCGAAGGUGCUGCUCACGGGUUCUCUUCUCGUCGUGAAAGCUCUUCCACCAUGAGGACAUCAUCCAUUUCUCUCGACAUGGUGCCCAUUUGUACACCAACAGGCCGCAUUAGCAAGGCAAAGAAAGGCAAACGUGUUCAUGCUUGCGAGUUUCCCGGGUGUGGAAAGGUAUUCACCCGGGCAGAGCACAGAAGGAGGCAUGAACUCAAUCACAAUCCUGAAGCACUCUUCCCCUGCACUCGUCCUGGAUGUCGAAAGGCAUUCCAUCGAAUGGAUCUUCUUCAACGUCACCAGGAGAGACAUGAUCUGGAGAGCGCAGCUGAUGCUUCCUCCUCUGCACACAUGGGCCAGAUGGCACAGGUCUCAGUCACUUCAGAACCUUCUUCUGUGAUGCCUGCUCCUGUCAUGACCAGCCCUCAAGCCGAUCGAAGUGCUCCAAGAUCUUCUGGAGGCCUCUCCAUCGGUUCUCUUGUUCAUCCUCAGCAAGACUACCGCUACGGUCUGGGAACACCAGCAUUUAACGGGUUUCCACGACAGCCGAUGCAUUAUGUCCACGGCUACAGCUCUGCGGACGAUUCUAUGUUUUAUACACCUGAAAGCAGUCAAUCUCCUGUUUCUGAAUAUUAUGGCCGGUACGCCCACCGCCAGAGUAUUUCCUCCUCUUCCUCCGUAGCUGCUUUCGAUCCCAGCGCGGCCUCUCCCUUGAUCAACGGGACAAUUCCCGGUCCUUGGGUGCCCUCGUCGGGACCUCCCAGCAUUAUUCCUUCGACUAUGCUUGACGAUGGGACUUAUCUUCCUUCUCCUGCAGACUCUACCAUACCAAUACCCCUCUCCGACCUGGAUGGAAUCGAAUGGUCUGUCAUACGACGAGAACUAUCAAAUGCCUCUGGACUUCAGUCAAGAAAUGCCUCAGCCAGUAUAUCCGACACUAUAAGGUGGGAUUGCCUGGAACUCUACUGGCAAUACUUCCACCCGUCCUAUCCUCUCGUUCACAGGCCUAGCUUCCUGCCAACAAAACCAAGUCCACUCUUGGCGAGUGCAAUGGUGGCCAUAGGCUCGCAAUACGACACCCGACCAGACGCAAAACUCUACUCCCUGACCCUGUUAGAAAUUGCCACCAAACUUUUGAGAAGACGAGACAACAUCACGAGUCGGUCAAGGUUAGCAGACUUGCAAACCGUAUUCCUUCUUGAAAUUUUGAGCAAGUAUUGUGCGAGGCGGGUGGAAGUGGAGAUGUCAGCCAGGUUUCGAUCACUGUUUGCGAGUCUCGAUCAGGCGCGACGAACUCUUGCAACGGAUCCCUUGGCGGUCUUGAGAACCCUCCCCAAGGAACGGACGGCGGACGACAUUCAGAGAGCCCACAAGUUCUGGCUCGAGCAUGAGACUCGGCGACGGAUUCUGCAAGCAUGUACCGUUCUGGAUCUUCAGCAGGUGGUCUUCUUCGAACAACCGGCCACCAUUGUGCAUCACGAACGACCAAGAAGAGCAGGCCCCGGUGGACUUCGAUUGAAUGUCUCUCUGCCUUGUUCAGAGGACCUCUGGGAGACCAGCCCGAUCGAGGAGUGGGUAGAGAUGGCCUCCGGCUCUGAAACAUCACCUUCAUUCAGCAAGGCAAAGCCUUCUCGCCAGGAUCAAGCGUCCUCUUCGACUCUGGACUACUUCCAGAUCCAAGUGAGCCUGGCUGCCAAUCAGGGGCUAUCCCUCGAUCAACUCCUCCCGCGAAAGGACCAGACUGGCGAAUCCGCAUCCCGGCUCUUUUUCAAUCGUCAUGCGCGGGACAUGGCAAAGAACGCACCGAUCCGACAGCUGCUUGUGGUAAGCGGCGAGUCUUGGAUCAUCGGGAAGAAGCUUGAGAACGAAGCUGAAUUCCAAGACGCAAAACGGAACCUGAGAGUCUGGGUCGACUCGAAUCGUGAAAGCCGGGUGGCGCUCUGGCACGCCACUCAACUGAUCCGUAGUCGGGCAAAGUUCUCGACUUCUGAUGCUACAAACACCGAACUCUCGGUUUCAUUCUACGAUACCCACAUGCUCCAUGAACCGUGGGCGUUCUACCUGGCUGCGCUAGUUUGUUGGGCUUAUGGCUUUUCUGCAUCGACCACGGCCGAUAACAGCGGACAGGGCUCCGGGGCUGCUUCCACUACUAGCGAGCCCACUUCCAAUCCUUCACGAAGCUCCAGCUUGCCUUCGGCGCAUCCGGCUCUCCUUGACUCGCAUGAAGCGGUCUAUAGUAUGCGAGAAUAUUUGCAAAACACCAACGUCAAAACAGUCGACGACUUGUUACGCUUGAACCCACAGGUGUUUGGACGGACGCAUGGUCUUCUCGAAAUCAUUCGGCUCAACAAGGUCUCGCUCUUCCUGGGCGGCCUCAUGAAUGAAGCUGAUCGGGUAUUGUAUCGACUCGUGGAGGGACGCAGUCGACUGUCACACUUCUAG